AUGGGUCUGUUGUCCAUCAUCCGCAAACAAAAGCUCAAGGAAAAAGAAGUGCGCCUGCUGCUCCUGGGUCUGGAUAAUUCGGGCAAAUCGACGAUCGUCAAGAGCAUGCUGGGCCAGGACGUCAAGGAAACGAGCCCCACAAUGGGCUUCGACAUCUGCACUGUGUCGUACGCGGGCUUCAACAUAAACAUCUGGGACAUCGGGGGUCAGACCUCGCUGCGGGCGUUCUGGUUCAAUUAUUUCGAAAAAACAGACUUUCUCAUGUGGGUCAUAGAUAGUUCCAGUCUCCACAGGCUCCAGGAGAACUUUGUUGAGUUCAGCAGGGUACUAGGCGAGGACCGCCUCGCGGGCUGUGGCGUGGUCAUCAUGGUCAACAAGAUGGACCUGUUUACAGGGGACAGGGACGAACUACGGACCGAAAUCAUACGGAUUCUCGGACUCGAGCGGCUUGAAAAUCACGCGUGGCAGAUCAUCUUUGGCAGCGCGUACACGGGAGAAAACAUUAGAGCAGGACUCGACUGGAUCGUUGCGGAGUACAAAACUAAAUAUCUGAGUCUAUGAGCCGUCCAGACGGUCGAACCACCACGAGCAGCUGUACCAGUUGUGGGUGAAGUCCAUGUCCGGGUUGCACGAACAUUUUUUCGCGCGCCGCAGAGCCGCAUCCGUCGGACAUUGGAGAUACGGCUCGUGCUUGUAGCCGAUGUCUGCAAGCCGGUGGAUCUGGCCCUUUUUCAGGAUAAGUGACAGAAUCAGCGAGCGCACGGGGGCGUCUCCCCAGCGCUCGUAGAAAAACCCGUUCUGCCGGUCCAGGUACUCGAACAUUUCAUUAUAUUCCUGCGAGCGGAACACGUCGAGGUCUCCGAGCUCCAAAUUCGUCCAAAAAUGGCACAAAUUGUACGAAUCUGUGGUACCGUCGUACACAAACCUGGAAUAGUUGGACUCGUCGUGCAGGAGCGCUUCCUUGCCGGCCAACAGCAGAUAGUCCUUAACAUGACGGAACAGCGAGGGAAUAGACUUUGGGUACUCCAAAAUGCUGAGCGCAAAUGCGUAUGCGUAUUUAUGGGCGUUCAUGUGUGCAAAGAUGUC